GAAAUUUUUUAUAAAUACCAAAAUCCAUUAAAAAAAAAAAAAGAGAGAGAGAGAGAGAGAGAGGGAAAAUGGAUCCAACCUUGUACAAUGCUGCUGUUAAAGGUAAUACCAGUGAUGGUGAUUUUUCACUUGCUGAAUAUCUGAAAAGGGAUGAAGAAAUUGGCUACCAAGUCACUCCAAAGGGAAACACUGUGCUCCACGUGGCAGCUAAUGAAGGCCACUUCCAUUUCGUGGAAGAAGUCCUUAAGAUUACUCCGGUGUUGUUAUGCCAUCAGAACAAGAGAAAUGAGACUGCACUUCACAUAGCAGCUAAUGAAGGCCACACUGAAGUAGUCCGCGUGCUACUUAGCAUAGCUGGUGAGGAGACACUCAUGAGGAUGCCAAAUGAGAAUGGAGAUACAGCCCUGCACAAGGCCGUGAGGAGUGGACACGUUGAUGUUGUCAAGAUCAUCUUGGAGAAAGAAAAGGAUCCUGAAUUUGAAUAUCCGGCAAACAAUGCAGGGGAGACACCACUUUAUCUGGCAGCGGAGUCUGGCUUUAUUGACAUUCUGCGUGAAAUUUUGGAAUCAUGCAAGAACCCAAAUUAUGGCGCAGGUCCAUUUGGUCGAACACCUCUGCAUGCAGCAAUAGUUCAAAGACACGUGGAUUGCGCAAGAUUACUAUGGCAACGGAACAAAUCUUUAUGUGAGGAACCAGACAAAUGGGGUUGGAAUUCGCUACACUAUGCUGUUAAACUAGGAUUGAUUGAAGUAGUUUAUAAUAUGCUGCGAUGGAAGAAAUCCUUAGCCUAUCUUCGAGCAGGCAGUGAAAAUGACUGGACGACAGUAAUUCACAUUGCAGUCGGUGAAGUUGAUCUAGGCAGGGAAUAUGCUGAGGAUGUUCUAAGUGAGCUAUUACAGCACUGCCCUGAUUGCUGGGAAAUGCUUAACAGCAUGGGCCAAAAUGCUCUUCAUGUAGCCGUAAUGAACGGACAAGCAGCGUUACUUCUUACCUUGUUGAAGUCCGUAAAUUGGGGUAGCCUUGUCGAUGAGCCUGAUAAUGAUGGCAACACUCCUAUGCAUUUGCUUGCCCGUGGACAGUUCUUCAAUAAGAACGAAAUUGAUCUGCAAAGGCGUUAUACUAACUCUGCGCUUUCUGAGUUAAUGAUCCAUCGCCAAAAAUGGAUGAUGACAUUUAACAAAGAUAACCAAACUCCGUAUGAUAUAUUUUCUUGCGCACUCACAGAGAAUUCAAAACUCGAGGUAAGCACCUACAGACACUUGAUUACUCCCUCCGUCCAAUUUUUUGUGAAGGUCUCACUAUUUGGGAGUCAAACAGUUUUUUUACUACUAAUUUUCUCAAGUCCUUAAAAUAUAUUGUAUCAUUAGCUAUUUUGACUUGUAGUAAUUUUUGUGAAUCUUGAAAUAUAUUGAAUAUUCUUGUCAUCUAAAAUAUCAUGUUUGAUAGUACAUAUUGGACAGAAUUAAAAUAUAACUACUGAAAUUAUUUUGUCCUCGUAGAGUAGAACAUUAAGAAUGAAUUUCUAAACCUUUUACAUAUAAUCCUUUUUAAAAAAAAAAAA